CAGUUUUAUACCCACGUAGUCGCGUUGGCGCUUUUGGAAUGAGGAGUCUGCAGUUAAACGCCGCCUAUAGACCCUCAUGGGCAUUCUAGUUCUUUCAAAUAUUUCACUGCCAUAACGUCCUAACUUAUGAGGGGGAAAUGAGCGUGCAAGCAGGGGAGAAGAGGGGGCGACGAUCUGCUUUUUUGGAGUAAGGGCUGGGCGAGAGCUCCUCCGCCAAGAGGCACAGUUCUUCCUCGCGGAAUUGCGGACUUCUAAUAAAGCGCACGCCCACGCCUCUUUAGCUUUUCCAGGCGGGUGGGGACCACGCGGGCGGUAGGCGACCCCCGGUGCUUCCCCUCCUUCUUCGCUAGUUCCUCCCACCGCCUGCACGCCCCACAGCCCCACCGGCGGCGCGCUUCCCCCUCCCUCCCGGAGGCUCUCGUUGGUGGCGUAGUCGCGCGCGGGGGAGCGGGAGGGACGCUCCGUCGGCUCUAGGCGCGAGCGUCUUUGGCCACCGCCGCAGCCGGAGCGCCAGCAGAAGUCGCUCCGGAAAGGCUGCGAGUUGCUCGCUAUGAAGCGGGCGCCUGGACAGAACUCGAGAGCGGCUCGGGACUCCCUGUGGGAGCCCAACUAGACAUGAGGGCGAUAUUCUGGCGGAGUUUGUAACCUGCCCUGCCGCUUGAGGGAAAGAGCGGCUGUUCGCUGUCCGUCCUCGGUCGGGGUCUGCAGCCGCGGCUAGGCUGCCUCCUGCCUGUCCCGGGCGCGGUUUUCUUGGCUCGGUCCGAAGCCUACGAAGAGGAUGGAGGCGCCGGCGCCGCCCUGCUCGAAGAAGAGCCUGUCCCUCUCGCUGCCGGUGCCGCGGGAGGGUCAGGCCACCCUCAAGCCGCCCCAACACCUUUGGAGGCAGCCCCGGACGCCCAUCAAAAUCAAGCAUCGCGGCUACUCGGACACGGAGCGGCACCCCCACCGCCAGAUCGAGAGGGCGGACGCCAUGGACACGAGCGACCGUCCCGGCCUGAAGAAGUCUCGCAUGUCCUGGCCGUCUUCGUUCCACGGGACCACCAGCAGCGGCGGCGGCGGCGGCCACAGCCACGGGGGCAAGCGGAGGAUGGCUCAUGUCCACACGUCAAGCGGCAUUGAUUACAACCGGGUCAUGUCUCUGCCCAGCCUCCAUUUAUCCAUCCGAAGCUUUGAAGUGGAAAAUGGCCCAUCUCCAGGUCGCAGCCCCCUGGAUUCCCAGGCCAGCCCUGGAUUGGUGCUUCACCCCAGCUUUCCGCAGAGCCAAAGGCGUGAGUCCUUCCUAUAUCGUUCGGACAGUGACUAUGACAUGUCGCCAAAGACCAUGUCACGCAACUCAUCCAUUGCCAGUGAAGCGCAUACUGAAGACCUAAUAGUAACACCAUUUGCCCAGGUCUUGGCAAGCUUGAGGAGCGUACGUAAUAAUUUCUCCAUCCUGGCAAAUGUUCCUACGCCAACAUCCAAUAAGAGAUCUCCCUUGGGUGGGCAGCCAGCUGUUUGCAAAGCCACACUCUCAGAAGAGACAUACCAACAACUAGCCAGAGAGACCUUGGAGGAGCUAGACUGGUGUCUUGACCAAUUAGAGACCAUUCAGACCUAUCGCUCUGUCAGUGAGAUGGCAUCUAACAAGUUCAAAAGAAUGCUGAACCGUGAAUUAACCCACCUCUCUGAAAUGAGCCGUUCUGGAAACCAGGUGUCUGAGUACAUUUCCAACACCUUUUUGGACAAGCAGAACGAUGUGGAGAUCCCAUCCCCAACACAGAAAGACCGGGAGAAGAAGAAGCGGCAGCAACCCAUGUGCCAGAUCAGUGGGGUCAAGAAACUCAUGCACAGUUCCAGCCUGACCAAUUCCAGCAUUCCUCGCUUUGGGGUGAAAACAGACCAAGAAGAGCUGCUCAGUAAGGAACUGGAAUAUCUAAACAAGUGGGGCCUUAACAUUUUCCGGGUUGCUGACUAUUCCAACAAUCGGUCGCUCAGCUGCAUCAUGUAUACAAUAUUCCAGGAAAGAGACUUGCUGAAAACUUUUAAGAUCCCUGUGGACACAUUAGUCACUUAUAUCAUGACACUAGAAGACCACUACCAUGCUGACGUGGCCUACCACAACAGUCUUCAUGCUGCUGAUGUCACUCAAUCUACGCACGUCCUCCUAUCUACACCAGCCUUGGAUGCUGUCUUCACUGACCUGGAGAUCUUGGCUGCAAUCUUCGCUGCUGCCAUUCAUGAUGUGGACCAUCCUGGUGUCUCCAACCAAUUUCUGAUCAACACCAAUUCAGAGCUAGCAUUGAUGUACAACGAUGAGUCUGUUCUGGAGAACCAUCACCUAGCUGUGGGUUUCAAGCUGCUGCAGGAAGAGAACUGUGACAUCUUCCAGAACCUGAGCAAGCGACAGCGACAGACCUUGCGCAAGAUGGUCAUUGACAUGGUCUUGGCCACUGACAUGUCCAAACACAUGAGUCUCUUGGCUGAUCUGAAGACAAUGGUGGAGACCAAAAAAGUGACCAGCUCAGGGGUGCUUUUGCUGGACAAUUACACUGACAGAAUACAGGUCCUACGAAACAUGGUUCACUGUGCAGACUUGAGCAACCCCACAAAGCCUUUGGAGUUGUAUCGGCAGUGGACAGACCGGAUCAUGGAGGAGUUCUUCAGGCAGGGUGACAAAGAACGGGAGCGAGGCAUGGAGAUCAGCCCUAUGUGUGACAAGCACACAGCCUCUGUGGAGAAGUCACAGGUAGGAUUCAUUGACUAUAUUGUGCACCCAUUGUGGGAGACAUGGGCCGACCUUGUCCACCCUGAUGCACAAGACAUUUUGGACACUCUUGAGGACAACAGGGACUGGUAUCACAGCAUGAUCCCCCAGAGUCCCUCCCCACCUCCAGACGAUGCCGAGAAGGAUGAGGAGGCCUGUCUAGAGAAAUUCCAGUUUGAAUUGACCCUGGAGGAGGAAGGGGAGGACUCAGAACCAUCCGAGAAGGACCACAGCAGUCCUGGAGAUGAGGACAACAGCUACUACACAGCCACAGAAGAACAACAUGAGUCCCAGAACGGGGAGGACAGACGAACGGACAGUACAACAGUUGGCACAUCAUGACUGUGGGAAGGGACAACUGAAGAAAGCAAGCUCACCUAGAGACACACACACGGAAGUUUUCAUGAGGGAGGGGUGGGGAUAAAAAAAUGGAAAAAAACUCAUUUUUUAUUUUUAUUGUAUUUUUUAUAAAAUGAAAACUAAGAAAAAAAGGGGGGAUGGGGAAUACACACAACAACUGUAGAACCAGGUUGGCCCCAGCAGAGGGUAGUAGCCUGCUGCUGUAGUGACUGGCCCAAGCACUCCAGAAAUAAUUUUUCAUUUCUUUUUUUUUUCUCUCCCUUCCCUUCAUGAUUUCUGACUGGUUGUUUUUAAUUACUUCAUUUUGCUAACUUUUUUAGACUUCUGCAACCAGGAAAGGGAAGAGGGCACUGAUGAUGUGAGGCAUGUAUGUAGCAGCAGAGAGGCAAAGCCAAUAGAAUUAUUUUUAAAAUAGUGAUUUUGCCUAUUUGUAGUAAAAAUAGAUGCAAGUGCAAGGAGCUUGACAACAAAAACUGGUAACCAUUUGACGUAGAUACACAGAGAGAGAGGUUCCUGUAGUGUUUUUCAACCAUGGCAACUUUUAAGAUGUUUGGAUUUCAACUCCUAAAAUUCCCUACCCAGCUAUCCUGGCUGGGGGGAUUCUGGGAAUUAAAAUCCACACAAAGAUGCUGAGGUUGAGAAACCCUGCUGUAAUUCCUUUGUUCCAGAUAUGUCCUCCCCAUUUAGCUCAUGUAUUUGUGCCUUUAUUUCAUUGGAGGGAAACCUCUGAAGCUCUUCAGAGGGUGUCAGAAUCUUAACUCCUCUUCUCCAGUGUUCCUUUAGAAUAGCUGGAGGUUAAAGUCCAGGGCCCCCUGGAGGCCCAGAUAUUUUUCUCAGUGCCCUUGGGAGCACUGCUCUCCCAGGUGGACGUUCAAAUAUUGGAGAAGGUUGAGAGGAAAAGUAUUGUUUUUAUUUUUGUAAGUUAUUUUUUAAGCUAGUGGUUAUUUAUUUUUGUGAAUUUACAUAGAUUUGAUUUUUAUUACGGACUGAUAAGAAAGAUUGCCUUUGAGGAUUUUGUUGCUGUUCAUGUUUUUUUCUCCCUUCUUGGAGCAGUUCUUUGUUUUCUAUUUAAUGUAUAGUUUGCAAGUGUGGAUUUUUAAUUCUUUGCCUACAAUGCCAUAGAUUUCUCCCAGAGCAAAUGGGAGAAGAUACUAUUUUACAGAAAAUGAAACUAAAAAGGGAACAAGAAUCAAAAACAUUCUAUCCAAGUUUCCAAAUAGCCGAGUCUUCCUCCGCUCCUCAUUUUGCACAAAAAUAAAAAAGCAAUACGGCCAGGAUCAAAUAUUUAUGCUGGCCAACUUGCUUAGACAGCUCUCAGCUGGGGAUCUCAGGUGUGAGUAUUCCCUCCUCCAGGUUGGGGACGGAAUCAGCAGAUAUGAGGACUGGAGAGAGGGGUGGUGUACGCUGAGUGGCGUUUGUUUUAUCAGUGAUUUGCAAUUUUAUCUUUUUUAUCUGUGUCUGGAUGCUGCUUGAUGAAUCUCUGAAAUGCAGUGCUCACAGAUUUCUCAGCUACAAAAAGCAGGUGUAUUGAAAGGAUCUUCCCAUUUUCCCACAGAAGAAUAGAAAAUUAGCAGCCUUUCCUAAUGAACUUUCUUUUUAUGUGAUGUGGUAUAUCAACAAGGCUGGAACACAAACGUUGAUUUGUGGAGUUGAAACUGGAAGAUGAGAGAUGGGUUUGUUUUUAAUCUGUUAUGAAUUUCAGAAGAAAAAGCCUUUUAAUGUCUUUGGUUCCAGAGAUGGGGAUCUGUCUCCGACACCCUCAGCUACAUAAUAAUAAAAGAGCCCAUCUCUUUUAUUGGCUCAGAAAGCCACAUCACUUAGCUAUAAAGUAGGGAUCAAAUUGCUUGCAUCAGAUUUGAGACCCCAUUCUAGGUGGUCACAAUAAUCAAAUGAAAAAGUCACCUGCCUUGAAAUCAGAUCUGGAGACAAUUUUGCCAACAAUGGUUAGCCAAAGGGAAUCUGACAGGUUUCCUUUUCCUGUAGAGCAGGGGUCCCCAAACAUGGCAGCCUUAAGACUUGUGGACUUCAACUCCUAGAAUUCUCCAGCCAGCAUAGCAUAGCUGGCUGGAGAAUUCUGGGAGUUGAAGUCCACAAGUCUUAAGGCUGCCAAGUUUGAAGACCUCUGCUGUAGAGGUUGUGAAAGUAAUCCAAGUCUUGUUCCACACAUUACCAUGUCAGAUCCCUCUUUCCUCCAUCCUGGAGGUGUCUGUAGUGGUGGUUCUUCCCAGAAAAACAGAGCCUGCACUAGCAUGGCAAAAAAUAAAACUAGGCCCUUCCAUGAACCUGCUCUUAUCAUUUCCCAGGAGAAAUCUGUUUGGCUGCUAAUUUCUUUGCCUUAACUAGCAAAACAGUUUGAUUUGCUAAAUGCAGCAUCCUUGCAUCUUGGCAUUGAAGGGAGAGCAUUUUCUCAUUCCCAAAAUGCUUACAUCACAUCAAAAAGGAUAUUCGCUACUAGGCCACUAGUCUUUCAGUGGACAAGGAACAUUGCAGGAUCCAGUCUUCAAAGUUGCAGGACCACGAUCCUCUUGGCAUUGUUUCUCUGCCUCUGUGGGCUAGUCUUGGGCUGGUUGAUGUGUGGGCAUAUUCCCCACUCCUUGCUAAGCAGCAUGCCUCCUGCUGUUUACUAGUAGGAAGACAGCUGUAGUUUUGAAUUUGUUGAGUUUCUUGAUGGCAGAGCCAUUGAGUGUUGUAGCCUAGUUCAGCUUCUCUUCCAGACUCCUGGGGGAGAAGAUAUACUGCCCCCCCUUUUGUCUCUCUUAUAUGGCUACCCAGCAUCAGUGCACGACUCCCAUAAUCCCCCCCCACACCUUGCAAGAGGUGAGGGUGAAGCAAUAACAACUAAGCCCUUUUCCUGCCCCAUUGCUACAACUGAGCUGUUGAACCAAAGCCAAACCUCCCCUUUUGCAAAGGUCUCAUUCCACACAUGGACGCCACCCACUUUGCAUUGGCUGCUCCUUAGCCAGCUCUCUUAGCAUGCAAGCUUAGCAAAGUAAUGUUUCAGGCCUAGGUCAGCCCAAGCUCGGAAGAGGAAGUUGUGGGAUAUGUGCUGGGGCUGCUGCUUGGGUAGACCAGAGCAUUCCCAAGGGCUGGCCUGAGACCAUGACAGCUUUGGUUAGCCACACAUCAAACCCUUGGAGAAGGCCAGCUGCACAGAGAGCCUUGGCGAGGUUGCUGUCCCUUGGUGGCCUGCCGGCUAAGAGCUGCCAUUCCUGCAUUGCCAGUCUUUGCAAGGCGGCCAGUGUAGGGCAUCUCCUUUCCAACCCAAGGGAGAAAACAUGGCCAUUUCUGAACACAGUACUGUAGCUAUUUUCUUUGUAUUUUUACUUUUCUUUCUUGAAGCCUCAAUUGUAAGGGAUAAAUAAGAAAGAGAAUCUCUUUCUAAUUUUCUGUAUAGCUUUUAUUUUUGUAUGCAGUUCUGUUCCACAAGUUUGUUGGGUCAGGUUUGGACUGUACAUAAUUGUGAAUAAGCAGAUUGUAAAUUAUUCUAAAAAGUAAAAAGAAUCUUGCAAACAAGAUCCCCUUUCCCCUGCUGGCCCUUCCUCUCCCACCCUCCACUCCUGCCAGGGGUCAUGCUGUGCUUGAGAGCAUCCAGGGAGAAGAAUGAGAGCUCUGGGAGACUCUCCAGCUGCAUUCUCUCAAGGGCUCUAGGGCACAGACCCCAUUGCACCCUCCUCCUCCUCCUCCUCCUCCUCCUCCACCACCACUCCUUUCUCCUGUCUGUGUAUUUAUGGUGUAAUAUAGACACACUGGACAUUGUAGACUUGUCAUUUUUCCUUGCAGUGUCGUUAAUCAGCUGUUGCAAUGUUCUCUCUCAGAUGUUACCAAACCGUUCAACAGCCAAGCUCACAAAUAAAUCAGGAGGAAGGGUUUCUCUGUGCCUCCAAAGAUGA